GAACAGCAGAGAAACCAUUGCACAAGCGCAGCUUACAUACCACCAAAAACAGGUCUGUCUGGAGAAAGGGAAGCAGUGAAAAACACAAGAUUUCUUCCCCAUAAGAUCUCUUUUAAAACGUGGAUUUACAUGUUUUGAAUACUAACUGAGACGCUCUCCCAACCCCUUAUUAAUGCCAAUAAUAGAGGAUCCGAAGAUGGAGCUGAAAACAUUCCUCCUGCCCCUGCGUUUAGGCCUGUUAACUGCAUUUCACCCAAGCGCUGAGGUAAAUAUUUUUUUCACCAUGAAGAGUUUUCCCUCCAUCUGUUUCCUCUUUAAGUUUGACCUGUCUGUGUUUAAACCGUUUUUAAAAAACUAACAUUUAAAAAAAAAAGAAAGAAGAAAAAGAAGGAAGAGAAAGAUUUUUUAAGAAAGGCUACCUGAUUGGACUUCUUUAGAUAUUUAAAUAUGCCCUUGAAGCAAGGUCAAGCCAACGUUUACACUUUUUUGGAGCGUUUGGCUCUUAAAUGGCAGCACACACCUAAUCAUGCUUGAAGUUGUCUCCACAGUUGCAGUGUAAGGUACAACACAAGCCUUCAGGGUGUUUAGCGUUGCUGUUGUGAGAGGAAAAGUGUUUAAAGUCAUUAAUCAAAGCAAAGGAAGUUAUCAGUCAACAGUCAAAAAUGCAAGAAGCACAAUAAAGUAAUUUGCAAAAAGGCCAUUAGUUAUCCAUGGCCUGCUUUCUGUCAUUUCAGCAGCUUAAUAAAACUAUAUAUUUAUGUCAGCAUGCCAUUUUUGAACAAAUUCUAUGUGAUCACAUUAAUAAAGCUGAGUACAGAAAUUGACAGAAAAAUACUUAUUUUUAAUAACAGUAGCUGCAUGCCUCACUUUUACAUUGCUAAAUUAUAAAACACUGUUAAAUUAUUAUAAAAGAGUUGAACUUACUCAUUGCUACUCAUAUCCUACAAGGCCAUAAGUGCAAUGCCAACAAUCUGCCAUUACACAUUUUGUCACUGUGUUCCCCCCCUCCUCAAUUUCUAUCAUUUUAAACAUCUCCAAAACCAUAAAGCUGUUUAUUCACAACAUUUUGGUUUCUUUGUUUUACUUAAUAAGAAAUAUAAACACUAUUAUAUGGGUGUGCCAUGACCUAGUUAAGACAAAGAUGGAUUCCCAGGCAGAGUAAAAAAAAAGGCUCAAAAUGUCACAGGGUAUUACAUCCAGUACAUUCUCUUCCUUCUUCUCAAUCCUUUAAAAGGAGGAAUCAUAGUUUUAUCAUAGUCCGUGAGAGAUGAGGAAAUCAAGUGUAAGAUCCCUUUUGGAACAAAGGAAACCCAUAUAGGCCAUUGAGUCCCUGUUUUAAGGAAAAUGGCUGCCGAGAGCGCUCAGCCCCCUCUCUCUGCUCUCUGUUGAAGGACUCCUGAGCCGUGCCUCUAAUAGCAGACAGCUCCUCUGCCGCUGCGCUCUGAUUGGCCCGCCGAGCUGCCGCUGUUAACCAGCCAAUUGCCCGAGCACUGCGAAAACACCAGGCAAUGUCAAACAAAACCCAGUUUUUUCGACAAUUUUUUAAAAAAAUAUUUUUUAAAAAAUGUUGAACACCACGCAGCUUCGAAAAAACCCACUGUUGUUUAAUACUUGUGAAAAAAUAGUUUUUUUUUUUUUUUUAAAUGGAGGCGCUACCUAACAGCUCGGCACUACUUUCUCGGUCGGGAUUAGCAAGAGAACGAAACAAACCGCCGCAUUCCACAACAGUUAUGAACAUUAGCUUAGCCGCCAAACUAGUAAUUUCUCCUGCCAAACGGUUGCUAGCCGUUUGUUUGCUUAGUUUAGAAAAAUAUACAUGUACAUUCCAGAAUUGGAACCACAAGCCUACACCACAUGAAACCGUCCGACCGAAUCAGUUUUAUUAGCCCCUUUUAGUGGCAGUUAAGAAGAUAUUGCCCCCUGUGUCUAUCUUGUGUUUGCCAGUUGGGUAAAUGCAAGCGGCAGAUUCCGUGUAAAAUGAUUUAGAGGUUUACCGGCACUAAACCGCCACCACACCCGGAAUAAUCACAUAUACGAAUAUUAGCGUUGCUAUUUGUGAUUUUCUUUUAAUUUUUCGAUUUUUAUAAGUCAAGCGCGUCGUUAAACGAGCGCUGGAAAUAGAAGUGAGUUUGUGUCGAAAGUGCGGCUAGCUUCGGAGGUGGGCAAGCCUAGCGGUGUAUUGUGGGAGAGACAGCAGCUACAGACCAGAGGCACACAAUAUGUGUUGGCUCUCGCCGAAAAGGAGGCAGUAUUCUUCAAGCUAAAUCAUGUAAUGUAAGCGGCGAAAGGAAAGCGAUUUCGUCUUUUCAUCAAUUGAAAAAAACAAACACUCGAUCGGACGAACCAUGUCCAAGCCAGGCGAGAAGAACAGAUUGAACGAAGACCAUGGCAGAAAGCAGAGUUCAAGUUUGGCGAACGGCAUGGACAGUCAUCCCGUCUGCGGCUCGGCGGAGAAGCGGAGUCACCACUGGAGAAGUUACAAGUUGAUAAUCGACCCGGCGCUCAAGAAGGGAUCCCACAAACUGUACCGCUACGAUGGACAGACUUUCAGCAUGCCCAACCCCGGGAUCCCGCCGGUGGACAUCGUUCGAGACCCGAGGAUCGGUCGACUUUGGACUAAGUACAAAGAGACGGACCUCCCGGUGCCCAAGUUUAAGAUCGACGAGUGCUACAUCGGCCCGGUGCCUCCAAAGGAGGUGACAUUCGCCCGACUCAACGACAACAUCAGGGAAGGAUUUCUUACCGACAUGUGCAAAAAAUUCGGAGAGAUCGAGGAGGUGGAGAUUCUGUACAAUCCGAAGAACAAAAAGCACCUGGGAAUAGCUAAAGUUGUUUUCGAGAACGUGAAAGCCGCCAAAGUGGCCGUGCAGUCGCUGCACAACACGUCUGUUAUGGGAAACAUCAUCCACGUGGAGCUGGACCCGAAAGGUGAGAAUCGCCUCAGGUACUUCCAGCUCCUGAUGAAUGGCAGCUACACUCCGCGGACCCUUCCUGUCGGUGGAGAGGAAGCCAGAGAAGUUUCCCCUCGGAGCCUGGCAGAAGCCUUGCUGGCCUGCGAGCCCAUCCGCAGGUUGUCAGAGAGCGGUGUGGCUGCAGUGGGAGCGACGUUGCCACCCAGCAGCUCCAGCACUCCCCUCACCCUGGAGACGGGCUACUCUAGCCUAAGGCAGGACACACCUCAGUCCCAGGGAACCCCUCAUACGCCGCGCCAGGCAGGUACGCCCUUCUCCCAAGACUCCAACUACUCGAGUCGGCAGUCCACGCCCGCGUACCAGUCCGGCCGUCCCGAGAGCUCCGGAGGUUACAAAUCUCGCAGACACGAGAGUAAGUUCCAGGACGCGUACAACCGCAGACCGGAGAGGCCUCAGUACCGCAGCAACAUGUAUCGAAGUACGUCGGAGCAGGCUGCUUUCAAACAGCACCAGCUCACGCCACCCGAGCCUCCACCUUCCACCACCUCCUUCACCUACACGGCGCCUCCCCCUGCUACGCCCAACUUCAAGUCGGCCUUCUCGCCCUACCAGGCCCCUUUGCCCCCCGCCUUCCCCCCGUCAGAGCCAGCGUUCCAUCACCCAGCCCAAAGGGAGGGUGAGUACCUCCGACCUCCACAGCCGCCUCUAGCGGCCGCCACCGACUUUUUACCGGUCAAGGAGAGACCAGAGACUCCUCCGAUCCCAGAACCCCCGCCCGAGCCCAUGCCCCAUCCGACCACCCCUCCUCCUCAGACGCCAGAGCACUGCCCCUCACCCGGCUCCCCCGUGCUGGAUUCAGAGCGCAAUAGCCUGGAUUCCCGCAUCGAGAUGCUCCUCAAGGAGAAAAGGACAAAACUGCUGCCGUUCCUGGAGGAGCAGAACUCGGACACUGAGGUGCAUAUGGAGGGAAGCCCCAUUUCCUCCUCCUCCUCUCAGCUCUCCCCAAUCCCCCCUUACACGAGCGGCUCCCAAGGUGGCCAGCAAAAUUCCCGUCCCUCGAGCACAGGCUUGGAGGAUAUCAGCCCGACCCCACUGCCAGACUCGGAAGAUGAAGAGCCAAUUCCUGGAACUGCCUCGUUGAUCAAGAGAAUCAGCUCUCCUGUCCACGACAAGAUGAGCAACAGUGACCUCAAAGACGGACCUUUUCGAGGCCACACUCCCACUGAUAAAAUGGACACGGGUCAUCAGUCGUCGGGAGAAGACAUGGAAAUCUCCGACGAUGAGAUGCCUGGGACUCCCAUCACCGGCAGCGACUGUGGCAAGGGCAUUGUCGUCAACUCGGCAGUGUCCCCCAUGCACACCAUGACCAUCCACGCCGCCGGCUACCACCCUCUGCAGCACCAAGCCGGCUUUGCCAUCCCACACCACCACCUGGCCCCUCACUCCGCCGUCCCGGGACACCCUGCUCACCUGGCCGCUCACCCCGGAGUGCCUCCCCACAUGCUGCCCCACAUGGGUCCCUACCCGCACAGCAUGAUGCCGCUGGUGCAGAUGGAGCUGAUGAACUGCUUGCGGUGGGAACAGUGGAGCACGGUUCCCAUGUCCUUCCAGAUGCAGCAGCAGAUGUUGAGUCGCAUGGCUCAGACCAGAGGACCCUAUCCUUAUCCACAUUUUAUGGACAGCGGGGCCACCGGGCCCUUCGGGGGACCUUAUGCGCCCCUUUCCAUGGGUGCUACACCUGCGAGCAGCACCGGAGCACCCGGUCAGCAAUGGCAGCAUCCCAGUUUACCAAAGUUCAACCCCACUGUUCCUCCUCCUGGAUAUGAGACUAAAAAAGAGGAUCCCCACAAGGCCACUGUUGAUGGCGUGCUGCUGGUUAUUGUGAAGGAACUGAAGGCCAUCAUGAAGAGGGACCUCAACCGAAAGAUGGUGGAGGUGGUGGCUUUUAGGGCUUUCGAUGACUGGUGGGAUAAGAAAGAACGUUCUGCAAAGGCUUCUUUGACUCCAGUUAAAGGUACGGAGGGGAAAGAAGAGGAAAGACCCAAACCCAAAGAAACGAUGGGUUCAAGUCUGCUGGAGAACUGGAACAAGGGUGAAGGACUGGGUUACGAAGGAAUGGGCCUGGGAAUCGGUUUGCGAGGAGCCAUCCGGUUACCGUCCUUCAAGGUGAAGAGGAAGGACCCACCUGAGGCUGCAUCAGCAGGCGACAACAAACGAGCCCGACCCUCCACUCCAGUCGAUGACGAGCUAGAGGACGAAGACCGGGAUCGUGACCCAGCUGAGCUCCCCUCAGAUGACUCCAAAUUGGACGGUGACGGCACCUCAGCGAAGCGACGACACUCACGACCGCUUGAGCUGGACAGCGAAGGAGAGGAGGAGCUGGACACCUCAGGGAAGGAGGAGGAGUCGCUGUCGGACAGGGAGGAGGAGCCUGAUGAAACGGUGGCAGCAGACAGGCUGUCGUCAGGCAAGGAGAGCGGUGAUGAGGAGGGCGAUGAUGAAGACGAGGGAGGGUCAUCCAGCGACAGCGCUUCCUCGGAUUCAUCUGAUGAUGAAGCCGAGAGUUCGUCUUCCUCCAAAGCCAGCUCGGACUCCUCAUCAGAAAGCGAGGACUCCUCUGAGUACGAGUUGAGCUCGGAAGAGGACGAGGACGACAAGGAGGCCGCCACAGAAAAUGCAGAGCACGAUGGCAAGGAGGCCGAGAGCUCCUCGUCAUCUUCAUCGUCCUCGUCAUCGUCUUCUGAUGAGGAGGCUGGGGAGGUGGAGACCAAGCCUCCGAGUCCUCCUGCAGCACCAGUCCCAGAGGUUAAAGAGGAGCAGAAAGGCAGAGAGGAGCUGAGCAGCAAACCUAAACGCAGACCUCCUAGUCCUAAAGAGGAGCCAGCAGAGGACGUGAAGCCGCCGUCACCAAAAAGCAUCCCAGUUAAAGACAAAGUUGUGGACGGCACCGUUCCCGUGGUGAAGUCGGAACCUCAGGAGCAUGUAGCGAAUCUUCGGCCGUCUACUCCCACCGGCGCCCUGCUCGACAGCGACCAGGAGACAAAAGCCAAAGGUAAAGCAGAGCCUGAAGAAGUAGCCUGCACCCCCGGUCGAUUAGCCCCAUCCCAGGUAGAUCCAAACGCACCCAUCCCCAAGUCAAUGCACCUCCCUCUCCCUCCUCACCCGGCAGUAGAAGGACGUUCCCUCCUCCAUCCACCCCCUGGUCCUCUGCCUGACUUCCCUCAGCGGCCCAGGCUCCCCACGGAUGAGGACAUCCCCCGUACACCGGGCAGGGACCUGAUGGAGCGCGCCCGGAGUCUGGGUAAGUCGCAGAGCACCGACACAGUGCCCAUCACCCCUGGUGGAGACGCCCCGCUGACGGGCAGCAGUCUGUUGCUCAGCUCCCCUCACAUCCCCGGUAGUCCUUUCUCCUACCCCGCACAGUCCCCGGUCCUUAGUGCUGGAGUCCCUCGUACUCCAGGAAGAGACUUAACAUUCACCCCCGUCUUCCCCGACCCCUCAGCACUGACACUCAAUAGAAAAAUAUCCUCUGAGAGUUUGGACGAUAGACCAGUUUUUAAGGAGCCGCCCAUCAGCGCUCUGCCUAACCAGGCGCUGUCAGCUGGCACAGAGCGCUCAGCCAGCGUCCCUGAAGAUCUACCUUCUGGUCUCCCUGUAGACGUCCUGGUGCCGUCAGACACCACACCAUCCAAGAGGAAACCUGGACGACCCAAAGGCAAAAAGACCCCAGCUGUGUCUGUGACCGACGAGUCUUUGGAGCUCUCAUCUGAGUCCACGCCGCUGCCUCAUGAAACGCAUAUCGAAGAUCUGUCUGUGCAAACGAUCUCUGCCAAAUCCCCCAAACACCCGAGCCUGGACUUCCGGGAAGGAGAGGGGGAGCCUCAGACGACGGUACUGCCUGCAGAAGAAGGCUUCCUCUCUUAUGAAGAGGAGGCACCUGUGACAGCCAAGCCAGCUCGGAGGGCACGGCGAGGCUGGGAGGAGCUGCUCCUGGGCAGCCUGUCGCCCGUCACCACGCCUCCCCGGCCGUACUUCACCCCACGCUCCGAGUUCGAGGAGAUGACCAUCCUGUACGACAUCUGGAACGAAGGCAUCGAUGACGAGGACAUCCGGCUACUGCAGAUCACUUAUGACAAGAUGCUGCAGCAGGACAACGGCAACGACUGGCUCAACGACACGCUCUGGGUCAAUCAUCCUCAUACCAACGUCCCUGGAGUGAAGAAAAAGAGGCGAGACGAUGGCAUGAGGGACCACAUGACCGGCUGUGCACGAAGCGAAGGAUACUACAAGAUCGACAAGAAGGACAAGAUCAAGUACCUCCAGAGCACACGGCUGCAGUCAGAGGAGCCGCCGGUCGACACUCAGGGUAUGAGCAUUCCUGCACAGUUCCACGCCUCUACCAGAGCUGGCUCGGAGCGACGGUCGGAGCAGCGACGUCUGCAGUUCUCUUUUGCAUGUGACAGCGACCUGCUGAAGUUCAACCAGCUGAAGUUCCGUAAGAAGAAGAUCAGAUUCUGCAAAUCUCACAUCCACGACUGGGGUCUGUUUGCGAUGGAGCCCAUUGCUGCUGAUGAAAUGGUGAUCGAGUAUGUCGGACAAAACAUCAGACAGGUGAUCGCGGACAUGCGGGAGAAGCGCUACGAGGAGGAGGGCAUCGGCAGCAGCUACAUGUUCCGCGUCGACCACGACACCAUCAUAGAUGCAACAAAGUGUGGCAACUUUGCCCGUUUCAUCAACCACAGCUGCAACCCUAACUGUUAUGCAAAAGUCAUCACAGUGGAGUCUCAGAAGAAGAUCGUGAUCUACUCCAGGCAGCCGAUCAACGUCAACGAGGAGAUCACGUACGACUACAAGUUCCCCAUCGAGGACGAGAAGAUCCCCUGUUUGUGUGGGGCAGAGAACUGUAGGGGAACGCUCAAUUAAGUCGAGGUCAGAAGAAGAACCCACAAACUUUUCUUUUAAGUCGCUCGGACACCAUGUUUAAACCCUGGACGAGGAGGAACUGAAGAAGGAAGGUUUUUGGUUUUUUUUAAUCUCGGAGGGAGGAGCAGAAUCUGGCAAGUCACCUGGAUGAGAGUUCAGCUGCCUGCACUGAGCUCUUCUCAUAUUUAAACUCUAGAUUGUUUACGAUUUAUGGUGCUCUUAAAAUAAAAAAAACACAUAAUUUUUCUUUAUGUGUACACACUUGACUUGCUGGUUGCAGCGUUUCCUCCUCCUGGCAGUAUUUCAGCAUGGUUCCCUCCACAUCCAGUCCUGGUUUCUACAACUUUUUUUUCCCUCUUUCAUUCGUCUCAUAAGCUUUACCUACGACCACACGUGGUACAUAAAAACACAGACUCACAUGUUCAGCUGCUUACUAACACUGUUGAAGACGCACAAGCCCCACCAGGUGAACGCCUCUCCGUGGGAAGAAGACGUGAUCGGCGCCCCGAGCGGACGGCGAUCGGUGGCGUUUCCAUCCAGCAGCAGGUGGGGAGCUUGAAACUCCGUUUUCUCGCCACUACCUCGACUGCGCCCUACUUUUUCUUGCAAAAUAAAUCAAACUGAUGGGAAAACGAAAAUCACAAAUGGUUCAAUUCUGCCACAAAAUCUGGAAAAAUUCAAACCCCUCACCAGCCAAUAAUAGAUCGUGCUGCUUCCUGUCAGUUUAUGCAAAAAAAAAAAAAAAAAAGUGAAAAUUUGUAUUAAUGAUAUUCCAGUGUUUUCCACUUUUUGUUUAGGUAGUUCUCCUCUCACUCGUUUCUCCGAAGACACUAUAUUUGUGUGUUUGUUUGCGUGAAUGUGUGUCGGGCCGCAGUAUUUAUCAUCAUGUCUUGAUGGUGUGUGAGAAUGUGAGUGCACUGCCCCCUGUAGGCCGCGGCCAAGAAGGCCAACCAAUCAUGCAGAGAAAAAAAAAUAGUCACUUCUUCGACUGAAAAUACGAGUUAAUCUUAAGUUUUCAGCUAAUUAUGUCUCAUUUGAAGUGCCAUAUGAAUGUGUAACUGUAUUUUUUUUGUCAUGAAGAGGCCGACAACGGAUAGAAAAGUCAGAGAUUUGUUCACAUGCAUGUGCAAAAAGAGUUGCUGCCUAGUUUGGGCGUUUGAUGAUGAUCAUGUUUUGGCUUCUCCCUUUCGUCCCUGGGAUGACUGUCUUGUGUUUGUGCGCUCAUAGACCUCUUUUGAACUACAGCCCAGUGUUAAACGAAGAGUUUCUAAGACCCAGCCGGCCUCCUCACAGCCGCGAGGGUCGUUCUUUCUUUAUAAACUCGUAAAGAUUAAAAAAAAGGAAAAAGAAAUAUGAAAAAAAACAUAUGAAUGCACUUGAGGCUUGCACUUCUGCAUUAUACCCUCUCAUCCAAUCAUUUUCCCUUCUAAGACCAAGUCAAUCGUUGUUUUUCAUUCAUUUUGGAUUGAUAAUGGAGAUUUUUCACCAGUCAUGUUCAUAUUGUAUAUGAUUACUUGUACAGAAGAUCUACAGUUCCUUUUUUUUAUCUUCACAAGGGUAACACUUUUAAGAUUUCUUUCUUUUUUUUAAACAAAAAGACUGAGUAUUUAAAAAAAAUAUUUUCAGGGAUCUGUAAAAGGAAUCUGAUGGUUUAAAAGGUUGUUUAUUUAAAGAAAAAAAGACCCACUGUGUACAGGAAAAGUCUCCGCCUCCCUUUUUGAAAGAUUGUUUCUUGUAGAAACGUCUUCAUUUUUCUGCCCGUUUGCUUUGUAAUCCUAAAAAUGUGUAAAUACUGUAACUGUGAAUACUAUAUAAAUAUAUAUAUAUAUUUUUGUUCCCUGGGAUUUGCUACGUGAUCACAGCUCCGACAUCUAUGUAUCAUAAUGAGGUGAGCGAUGAGCUGGUAGCAGGAAAUUCAGCUUGUGUCAAGCUUUGUUUUUGUUUUUUUUAUUAUUAAUAUUUUCUGUUGUAAAUUCUAUGAAAAGUUGUUUGCGGUGUGGAGAAAAAAAGAGGUGCAGAAUCGACACGGGGAGAGGACUGAAGCGUCAGCCUGGUUCUCGUGUCUAUUUAUUAUACAACAAAUGUAUGAAAAAGGAAAAAAAAUGGAAAUAAAGCAGUUUUGCAUACAUCCAUAAA